AUGGUUUCUAAUAGGAAUUUCCGCCUAUCUCGUUGUAGUUCUUUCUCACAUGAUGGUUCUCUUUCCCAGCAUGAAAUUCUUAUUAUUGAUUGUGUGAAAGAAAUUCUGUAUAAAAAAGAUUAUUGGUCGUCUUAUAAGCUUGGAAAAUAUGUUGCAUGUCGUGGUGCAUGGUUGGUAGCUGCCUACAUAUUUAGAGAAUUAAUACCUAUGGUUCAAUCUGAUAUCUGUUGUUCUUGGUUGAAAUCCAUAGCCCAUCUUUCAGAACUGGAAAGGCAAGUCCAGUUGCUUGGGAUUACUCUUUCUGGAAAUACUGCUGGGAAAAUUAAGACAAUUAAUCACAUUGAAAAUGUUGUCGGGGCCUGCAACAAGCUUUGUUCUUUAGAGAAAGCUUUUGAUGCCUCUGUUUCUGGUCUUACUUAUAGUUUCCAGAGAUGGUUUAUUACUUUAAGAUCAAAGGUUGUUAAAACUGUAGCAGAUUUACUUAAAUUAUUAAGCAUGAAUUCGUUUUCACAAGAAGCCACCACAAGUACUAAACAAAUAGAGGAAAAGAUUUUGUUUCAGCACUUGGAAUCUUCGCAAGGACUCAGCUCUUUGUUGCAAUUGCUUGCCCACACUUCUUCCCAGUUCAUGAGGCUAGUAAAGGAAUUUGAUCUCUUAGCAACAUCAUGCAUUGGCAUGGACAGAAAAAUUAUGAAGAUAGUUUCUGACCUUGGAUUAAGUUGUUCGCUCUUAGCCUUCAGUACCGGAUUAGCAUUUUGUUUUGCCAGUUCCAAUGCUAAACAAGACUGUAGUAUAUAUGGUCUUGAAACCUCAGAGGAGCAAUUUCGUACUCUGCUGGUUCAUGACUUAUUAAGGAGACUGGGGUAUAUAGACUUAGAAACUAGAAAAAAUCUGCGGCAGCUUUUGAAUUUCUGUCGAAGCUCUAGGAGUUGCUCAGUGCAAGAAUUCCAAAAUGAAUUAUCUACUACUCGUGUUGAAGCAAGAGAUGUUUCUAAGCUUUGUAGAUAUUUCAUCCCUUUUCGGACUCCGAAACACUUUUUCCAAUUCAGGUCCCCCAUUUCUGCUGAGCUUUUCAUAACAAAUGAAGAUGGUAAAAGGAUGGAUGAUAUAUCUGUCUUGUCAGGCUUUGAGAUCCCUCUAACUCUGUGCAUUCAACUAAGAAAUAUAUCUCCAGACCAGCUGUCUCAGGUGUCAAAAUUGUACUGCAUCCUUCACUCACGAACAUCCUUCCAAGUAUUUAGUGCAAACGGGGAUAAGAAAGUACCAGAGUCCAGCUGUCAAGCUUGGAAAAGUGAUCACAUGGUAGAACUUAAUGACAAGCUAUUGCACUUUACCACAGGUUCUACCAAGAGGGGUGGAUUACAUGCUAUGGAAAGUGCUGAAGGGAUUUAUGCCGUGGAUAAAGUUGUAUUUUUUUAUCCUAAUGAGAAAGGGCAAGGAUUUGCAGCCUGCUUGCUAGAUGUUUCAGAAUUUCCUGUGGGUUCUUACCAAAUCAAAUGGCACAGCUGUUGUAUAGACAAUAAUGGAACUUACUGGAGCCUUAUGCCCCUGAACACUGAUCAGUUCUUCAUCGUACAUGAAUCUUCUAAUAUUGGUCAUGUUGUUAGGGUGCCAUAG